GAUCUCAACGAUAUACAGCCCAAAUCGAAGCAUUUCUUACAUCUACAACAAAUUGUUAAAGUAAACAUUUUUUUUAACUUUUAUUUAUUACGAUAAAGAUGUCAGACUGCGGAGCGCGCCCCAAAAAACCCAUGAGCGCCUUCAUGUUGUGGAUGAAUUCCACCGGGCGGAAGCACAUAAAAGCGGAGCAUCCCGAUUUUAGUGUCCAAGAAGUGUCUGUGAAGGGCGGAGAGAUGUGGCGAGCCAUGGCCGAUGAGGACAAGAUCGUGUGGCAGGAGUCGGCCACCACGGCAAUGGCCGAGUACAAGGAGAAGUUGAAGCAGUGGAAUUUCCCCAAGGAGCACCGCUUUUCGGACACGCAAUGUAUUUGUUCCUCAAAUACUAACCAAUGCCCCACCCUUUUUGUGUACGACACCAUGGAUGACUCGAUGACUCCGAUCUGCAGGAAGUGCUUAUCAAAGACCAGGUGCCUUCACUAAGCGUUUACUACAUUUGUUAAUUUAUUGUUGUACUAAAAUCCACAAGCUAAUAUAAAUUUGUUUUUGAUAAAUUU